AUGGCCGCCAAAAUUGAUGGCACUGCCAUCGCGAAGAGCAUUCGCCAAGGCUUGAAGACCGAGAUCGAACAUGUUCAAGUGACGAACCCCAGAUUCAAGCCUAACUUGGUCAUCUUCCAAGUCGGCAACCGUUCCGAUUCCAGUACAUAUGUGCGCAUGAAGUUGAAGGCCGCGCAGGAGGCCAACAUUAUCUGCACCCUUAUCAAUGUCCCUGAGACCAGCACCGAGCUGGAGCUCACCCAAGAGAUUACCCGAGCCAACAAUGACCCCGCCAUCCAUGGUAUCCUCGUUCAGUUGCCUCUCCCCAGCCACAUGUCGGAGCAUGCCGUGACGUCGGCCGUUGCAGACGAGAAGGACGUCGAUGGAUUCGGCGCAAUCAACAUCGGCGAGCUUGCCAAGCGUGGUGGCCGUCCAUUGUUCACCCCAUGCACACCUUUGGCUGUCAUGGAGCUGCUCCAGGCAAGCGGAGUGAACCCCGCGGGCAAGGAGGCUGUCGUUCUUGGGCGUAGCGACAUUGUCGGCAGCCCAGUCAGCUACUUGCUCAAGAACGCUGAUGCCACUGUGACUGUCUGCCACUCCAAGACACCCGAUAUCGCGCGUAUCGUGAAGACCGCCGAUAUCGUGGUGGCUGCCAUCGGUCAGACUGAGCUCGUCAAGGGCGAGUGGUUGAAGCCUGGCGCCGUUGUCAUUGACGUUGGUAUCAACUACAAGCCUGAUGCCACCAAGAAGUCUGGAGAGCGACUUGUCGGUGAUGUGGACUUUGAGUCCGCUGCUCAAGUGGCCUCCCAGAUCACCCCUGUCCCCGGUGGUGUUGGCCCCAUGACCGUGGCCAUGCUGUUGAAGAACGUGGUUCACGCCGCCAAGGGCUACUUCGAGAAGCAGAAGGACCGCCGUGUCGUCCCCAUUCCCCUCCGCCUCCAGAACCCUGUGCCCUCGGACAUUGCCAUCUCCCGGGCUCAGUACCCCAAGCCCAUCACCCAGGUUGCUGCCGAGAUUGGCAUUGCCUCCCACGAGCUGGAGCCCUACGGCCACACCAAGGCCAAGAUCAACCUUGGCCUGCUCGACCGCCUUUCCCACCGUCGCAACGGAAGAUACAUUCUCGUUUGCGGUAUCACCCCUACUCCCCUCGGCGAGGGCAAGUCUACUACUACUCUGGGUCUUACUCAAGCCCUGGGUGCACACCUCAACCGAAUCUCCUUUGCUAAUGUGCGCCAGCCCAGCCAAGGUCCUACAUUCGGUAUCAAGGGUGGCGCCGCUGGUGGAGGCUACAGUCAGGUCAUUCCUAUGGACGAGUUCAACAUGCACUUGACUGGUGAUAUCCACGCCAUCACCGCCGCUAACAACCUUCUCGCUGCCGCCAUUGAGACUCGUAUGUUCCACGAGUCCACCCAGAAGGAUGGACCUCUCUACAGACGUCUUGUUCCUCAGGACAAGGGCAAGCGCGAGUUCAAGCCUAUCAUGUUCCGUCGCUUGAAGAAGCUCGGAAUCGACAAGACCAACCCCGACGAUCUCACUGAGGAAGAAAUUACCCGCUUUGCUCGUCUUGAUAUCGACCCGGAGACCAUCACCUGGCGUCGCGUUCUCGACGUCAACGACCGUCACCUGCGUGGUAUCACCGUUGGCCAAGCGGCCACCGAGAAGGGCCACUCCCGCGACACCGGCUUUGACAUCUCGGUCGCCAGUGAGUGCAUGGCCAUCCUGGCCCUGAGCAACGACCUGGAGGACAUGCGUGAGCGACUGGGCCGUAUGGUGGUCGCCACCUCUCGCAGCGGAGACCCCGUCACUUGUGACGACAUCGGUGCCGGCGGUGCCCUUGCUGCCCUGAUGAAGGAUGCCAUCAAGCCCAACCUGAUGCAGAGCUUGGAGGGUACUCCCGUCAUGGUUCACGCUGGCCCAUUCGCCAACAUCAGCAUUGGCGCCAGCUCCGCCAUCGCCGACAAGCUGGCACUGAAGCUUGCCGGAACCGAGCCCGACGAGGACCACGAGGCCAAGACCGGAUUCGUCGUCACCGAGGCUGGAUUCGACUUCACCAUGGGCGGUGAGCGCUUCUUCAACAUCAAGUGCCGCUCCUCUGGUCUGUCCCCGGACACCGUUGUCAUUGUGGCCACUGUUCGUGCCCUGAAGGUGCACGGAGGCGGUCCCGAGAUCAAGCCCGGUGCCCCUCUCGACGAGGUCUACCGCACCGAGAACGUGGAUGUCCUGCGCAAGGGUUGCGUCAACCUCCGCAAGCACAUUGCCAACGCCAAGCAGUACGGUAUUCCUGUGGUGGUUGCGAUUAACAAGUUCGCGACCGAUACCGAAGCCGAAAUUGCUGUCAUCAGGGAGGAGGCCAUUGCUGCCGGUGCUGAGGAUGCCGUCCCCGCUAACCACUGGGCUGAGGGUGGAGCCGGAGCCGUUGAUCUGGCCAAGGCCGUUAUGACCGCCAGUUCCAAGGAGAAGGACUUCAAGCUCCUCUACAACCUCGACGGUUCCAUCCAGGAGCGCAUUGAGCGCAUUGGCCAAUCCAUGUACGGUGCCGACAAGGUGGAGUUCAGCGAACUCGCCCAGAAGAAGGUCGACAUCUACACCAAGCAAGGGUUCUCGAACCUGCCGAUCUGUAUCGCCAAGACCCAGUAUUCGCUCAGUCACGACGCAGCCCUGAAGGGUGCCCCCACCGGGUUCACUGUGCCCAUUCGGGAUGUCAGAUUGGCGGUGGGCGCUGGCUAUCUCUACGCCUUGGCAGCCGACAUCCAGACCAUCCCCGGAUUGCCUACCGCGCCGGGAUACCUCAACGUCGACAUUGACACCGAGACCGGCGAUAUCGAUGGACUGUUCUAA